AUGUCCCGAUCACGGUCCAGCGUUGCGAGCGACGGCCACGACCGUUUAGAACCGCGCUUAUUGCGCGCUGUCGAGCACGACGAUGUCGAAACGCUGAGGCAAGUUGUCAACUUAGCACGUGAGAAUGGGCAGUUUAGCGACAAUUUCCUCCGCGUCGGACUCAUGCGCGGUUGCGACCGCGACAAGAUCGCCGCCACGCAGUAUCUGCUCGGUCUGGGGGCAAAGACCGACGUCCAUGGGAAGCGGCUCUCGCCGCUGCUGCGUGCAGUCGAGCGAAAUCAUCCGCGCAUUGUACGCCUCCUGCUGGAUCAUGGGGCAUCACCCGAAACGACAGAUAAGAAAGGUCGUACGGCGCUGAUGACAGCUGCGUGGAGGAACCACUGGCAUAUCCUGCAGCUUCUCAUUGCGCGCGGUGCCGAUGUCAAUGCGAAGGAUCAUAAGAAGAGGAAUGUGCUGCAUAAUCUGGCCGCGGAUAAACAGUGCGACUGGGGAGAAGACGUCGUGGAGCUCCUACUGCAGACGACGUGUCAGGUGGACGGCGCGAACGGGCAGGAUGGAUUGGGCCGGACGCCGCUGCACUGGGCCUGCGCGACAGGCAAACGGCGGUUUGCUGAGAUGCUGCUGACUCGGCCUCAGGGUCCGAUUGUCAACGUGGAUGCUGUCGAGUCGCGCAACAAGACGGCGCUGCAUCUGGCCAUCGCCCACGGCCGCGAUGAUAUCGUCCAGCUCCUACUUCAGCACCGCGCUGACAUUGAUUCCCGCAGCGACGGCGGCUGGACCGCGUUGCAUUAUGCCUGUGAUAAGGGGUUCGAGGGGAUUGUGCGCCUGCUGCUGCAUGCUGGAGCUAAGAUCAACAGCCAGCUGUUGACCGGCGUUACGCCAUUGCAUCUCGCGGCACAGGCAGGCCACACCGAGGUGGUGCAAUGUCUCCUGGAGCGACCGGAUCUGAAGCGACGAAUCCGCGACAACUUCGGGAGCACGCCGUUCUUGCGAGCGGCGCAGUUCCGCCGGAAAGACAUCGUGUUGCUUCUGGCGCCGUUCAAUAACGUCGAUGCGCUGUCGGUGGAUGCGCGAGGCGCGUGCGAGGGAUUCGAGGCCACCAUCGUCGACUUUGGGAACUUCCACAAUGAGAACCGCGUGCAGAAGAUGUCUGUGUUCAACCUGCUCUUCGGACGCGACGCCGAGAAUCCGCGCAAACAGGCUGUCAUCACUGUCCCGGAGGACAGCAAGGUCACCGAUUUCCGAUGGAUCCAUCUGCCGGCCAACAACAUGGCGUGGGUGGAGGCGUUGCUGACCAAGACGUUCAUCGAGGAGGGAGCGCACGAUGUCGAUAGCUUCAAGGGCCUGGAACGGUCAUUUCGGUAUCAGCAUCGCGGCCAACGAACACAUUCCCAUUUCAUGCGCCCGCUGUGCCAGAGCACGCCGCGAGCGCCUCGGGGGCGCUCCGAGGACCACAGCACGGAGGAGUCCGUCGUGGGAGACCAGCCACCGCAGAUUCUCAUCAACGGAGAAGUGUCGGAGACGCCCAACAGCCCUGGUGCAAGCCAGAGAGGUAGGAAACCGAAGAAGCACGGGAUCGAGCGGACCGAUUCCUAUUCCCAGGACGAUAGCAAAGGCUCGCAAGGCAAGAAAACGAACCGCACGACGAAACGGGGGAAGAAUCCGGGGCUACCGACCAAGUCGAAUGCGAAGACUUCGGCGAACGAGAAGCACCGCUCACCGCUGUCAUUGUGCAAGGAUCCGGUGACCUGGAACGUGUGUAUGUUCAUGCCAUAUCUGCAUUUCGAGACGGCCGAAGGGAGACAGAAAAUGCAGGAGGCGAUCCAGCGAGCCGAAACGCUGAAUUUCCCGUCGAUGGGCACCAGUCGAUCGCCCACACGAGACGAGAUGCUUAUCCGCGCGCAUCUGGCGUCGUCGUCAUCGACAUCGCUACAUGUGCGCCGCACACUGGACCAAUUCUUCUAUCCGAAUAUCGACACGCAGAUCCGCGACCAGGACCAGGUGGUGUACCGGUAUCAGACGAAGGGACAGGGCCGCGAGCGGUACUGGAAGGAGCCGAAGAUCUUCAUGGUGGACCAGCUGUGGAUGUGGAUUCUGGGGACGAAUCUGAUCGUGACCAGCUUCCCACAACGAUGGGAGCAGCCCAAGAACGACCCCCUCAACGUGCUGGACGGCAUCAUCGAGGACAUCAACUCCAAGACGCGCGAGCCUGUGCGCUCCAUCUACGACCUGGCCAUCACCAUCACCAAUCGCUGCUCCGGCGUCUUCGACCGCCACCGCAUGGGCGACGAGGAGUACCAGUUCCUAGACAUGUUUGAAUCGUCGAUCGGCAUCGCCACGGACCGCGAGACCGUGCUCUUCAGCAGGUUCAACCGUGCAUCCGCCCAGGCGUCUAGCUGGCUUAAGAGCCAUCGCAAGCUCAGUCGAUAUGCCGCCGCCAGCAGCCAGGGGGAGGCUACGGCCAUGGAGACCGAUACCACCAUCCUGGACAUGACGGAGGAAAAAGACGGAGAACAGCCGCUGUUCGUGGACAACCUGCUAGACAUCGGACAGGAGACGGACCUCCUGUCCGAAGCCAAAGACAUCCGGGACGAGCUGAACAUGAUCCGCACAGUACUACAGCACCAGCAACACGUCCUGUCGGAUCUACAAGAAGUAACCUGGGACAUCCACCACGGCCAGCAUCGACUGCAGCACGAGGCCCGCAAACGAUUCAAGGAGCAGCAGCGCACGAUCGACAUGCACCUGAAGGACAUCGACCGCAUGGACAAGCAAGCAGAACGCAUCUACUCCUCCAUCACGGACCUACUGGAUCUGAAACAGAAACACGCCAACGCAUUCGAGGCGCGGUUCGCGCGCGAUCAAGCAGCAGGAACCACCCGACAGGGCAAGACUAUCAUGGUCUUCACCGUUGUCACGAUUGUCUUCCUCCCGCUGUCGUUCAUCAGCUCUUUUUUCACCAUCAAUCUCAACCAAUUCCCGCGCGCCGCCGACGGCGAUCCCCAGCUGGACUUGUCCUACGUCGCUAAGUAUACCUUUGGGAUUGGGUUUGGUAUUUCCAUCCCCUUGAUUCUGCUCGCUUUGUCAGUCGAUGAUAUCGGGGAUGGAUGUCAGGAGGCAGUUCGACGCGUGCGUCGGUGGAUGUUGCGAAGGAGGAAGUUCACGUCGAAUGGAGAGGACGAGAGGGCGUUGGAGAUAGAAAAAUUGCUUCAUAUGAGUACUGACAGCAGAUUUACUAGGAGUUUGUUGCCGGUGUCGAGGGGGGAGAGGAAGGAUUGGUAUUAA